AGAGCUUCUUUUUUUCAAUUCUCGUCUUCUAAAUCUACUCACAAAGCUUUGGUCAGCCUGGGGCUGUAAGGGGAAGAAACUUGCUCGCGGUACCACGCUGUGGGACUGAACCCGGAACCAUGUGGUUGGUAAAGAAAAAAAAUAAAGCCACGCCGAUUUAAUUCUUGAGUUGCUCGCAGAGCAUGGAGAAUCUUAACGUAUCUGUUCAAUAUUAAAUACGUUUUGGAAAAUGUGAACGUAAGGAAAAGCAACUACAAUUUAUUGUCAUCGGUGUAAAGUCUUAUCCGAGUCGUCAAUCUGUAGCCCGUGAUUGAGUAUUUUCAUCUUGAUGGGUGCGAAGAGUGCCAGUUCUUAGGGUGGCUGUUCAGGUCAAGUGCGCUAUGCAAGAGUCGGGGAAUUAAUCGCAAGGGAGAGCUGGUUGUGGACGAAGUGCGAGUCGCUUUUUGCCUCUUCGGCGUAUGAUCUGUUCCUCUUGAUGUUCUGGAAAAUUCGAACGUGAGGAAAAGCAACAACGAUCUAUAUUCACGUUCGGAUCGGCCAGAACGCAUUUAGAAUGAAUAAAUACGUUAUUAAUCAAGCAUUUACUUUGGAACGUGAAUCGAUAUACGGAAGUAAAGCUAAGUCGGUCACGCUGAAUAAUAAGUGAGUCCAUAGCUGAUAUGCAAAGAUGAGUUUAUCAGAAUUUACUGAGCGACAACAAAAUGGUGACCUUGACCUUUAUGAUGAUAUUCUCCGGGAAGACUUUGAAUGCGAAAAGGAUUCUAUUAAUGAGCUGCAACAAAAAUACCAGGAAGCUAUGCAGAAGAUUGCUACUUUGGAAAAUACAGUAAAAGAACGCACAUCUGCAAUGGAAAUAUUAGAGGAGAAAAAUACAAACUUGCAAAAAAAUAUAUUGAAUCUGUACAAAACUGCAUGCUUGACAAUCAAGGGGAAAAGUGGUAAUAUUAUUUCUUUGAGAGAGAAAAUAGAGUUCUAUGAAAAAGAAAAGUGUUUGAAACAGAUGCAGUCAGGAUAUUCACAUUGGAAUUCUCACCAUCAGAGACACAAACCUCCUCAAAGAGAUCAAAGAGACACUAAAGAAAAUGAUAGGAGACACUCAAGACAUUCUGAUGUAAAAAAUCCCCGAUAUUUUGAUAGUAAGUCUAAUUCUCACCAUUCUGGCUCAAAAGAACAAAGGCAUGAUGACCGAAGAUAUGAAGAAAAGCACUCUAGUCGUCGAGAUUUACAGAAGCCUGAAACAAAAGAUAAUGGAUCGUUGGAAAAGAAAUCCUCAAGACACUCCAAAACUAGAAAUAAUUUUUCAGAUAUAAAAAUGGAAAAUUCCUCAAGGGAACAUAAAAAGGACAGUAGUAAACAUCAUUACCAAAAAACACCUUCAUCCACACAAAAAUUGUCUUCAAGGUCUGAGAAUAGAAAAUCUCACACUACUCCACUCAAAGAGAAGUGCAAUUUAUCUAACAACUCCAGUGAGUCUGGUAGUGCCAAGAGACAAGAUUCUAAGUUGAUUGAUUGUCAGCAGUCUGUAGAACCAAUCAGUAUAUCUGCAAAACAGUCUGUAAAAUCUACAGAAUCCGAUGCACAGAGCUCUAAAUCUUCUACUGGAAAAUUCUCUUCAAAUGACAAACAUCGCAGUAAAAUGUGUGAUCCAGUUGUGACUUCUCCAAAAUUGACAACUAAGUGUGACAGAAACCACUCGCCUGUUAUUUCACCAAAGUAUAAAGCCUCAAAAGUAUUCAAUAGUCCAGAACCUAUAGUUGUUAGAUGUUUUGGAAUGUCUAAUUUAGAAGUUUCUCAUUCUCCAAUAAUUAUUCCUUGCUAUUCUAGCAGUGCGACAAACUCGGGAGCACAUGACUCAACAAGCAGUGAAGAUUCUGAUUCUAAUGCUGCUGUGCCAAGAAGCAAAACUAUUGUUCGUAAACUGUUUUCGCCAAGUAAAACUGAAUGUAAUCUGUCUGUAGAAAAUUUAGUCCCAGGUGACAAACUUGCAGAGAAUCACAGCCUGGAGUUUUUGAAUGAAAUGAAGAAGAAGCUAUCGCAAGAAAUUGCUGCCCAUAACAGAAGGCAACAAGAUGAAGAUUGUGAAGAUACAACACAGUUAGUUGAUAUCUAUCAGACUCGUGAUGAGGAAUAUUGCAGUAAUGACAGUCUGAGAGAAGAUCAGAAUUCUCUCAAAACAUUUUCUCCUCAGCCACAAAGUGAUUUACAUGCAGUCACUGAACAGUCAGAAACUGAGUGUGUAGACUUAGAAAAGGGGGAGAUUGUGAGCGAUGAUGAUAAGAAAAAAGACCAAACUUCCUCAUACAAAAUCUCAUCUUCACAAAUAAGGGUCAGUUCCCACAGCAAAAAACAUUUGUCGAAGCAUAGCACUAAGCAUGGAAGUAAACAUUCUUCAAGGAAACAUUCCAAAAAGAGAAAGUUUUCAGAAGACGAGACAUUAACGAAAAUUAAGAAUAAACAUAAUAACAGCUCUUCAAGAACUGAAAACAAAAGACGACGAGAAAUUCGGUGAGAAUUGAGACCUUUGCAAAAGUUAUCUUUAACUCCAUCUUAUUUAAGUAAAACAGAAUUUUAUUCUCCUCUUUCUUUUCAUCCUGUUUAUGAUAUUGUAUUUGUAUGUUUAUGUUACUUCCAUGUCAUUUCUACACCACGUCUUCAUUCGAAAAUACACCAAAAUUAUUCUUCAGUAUUUAUGUGUGCAUGAUUAGGAAUUUAAAAAA